GGCUGGGAGACCAGUGUCCAGUGUGUGGUGAUCUGUCUGCUCCUUCAACAUGAGGCUCCUGGGCAUCGUCUGCAGCCUGGCUCUUCUCAGCCUAUCCUCCUCCUUCACCGCAAGGAGGCUGGACAAACAGAAAUCUCAUGCCAUUGAUGAAGAUGGUCUUAUCAGGAGAGAUAUCCCAUUCAUCAAUAAAGGAUUGAAAACUCCGGUUGUGCAUGGGGACAUUGCCCUACCUCCUAGUCGCAAUGCACUGAUUGACAAGGCCUACAGAUGGACAUUCCCCAUACCGUACAUCCUGACCGACUCCCUUGAUCUGAAUGCUAAGGGGGUGAUCCAUCAGGCGUUUGAAACCUACAGACUCAAGUCCUGUGUGGACUUUAAACCUCAUGAAGGAGAGGCGAGCUUCAUCAAAUUUGAAAAGCUGGAUGGCUGCUGGUCGAUGGUUGGAGAUUUGAAGGAGGGCCAGCAGCUCUCCCUGGGCGAGGGUUGUGACUACAAAGGCACCAUCAUGCAUGAACUCCUCCAUGCCCUCGGCUUCUAUCAUGAACAGUCCCGCACUGACAGGAACGACUAUGUCAACAUCUGGUGGGAUCAAGUCCUGCCCGGUAUGGAGCAUAACUUUGACUAUUACGUCGACACCUACAUAACAGACCAGAACACACCAUAUGACUAUGAGUCCAUCAUGCAUUACGGCCCCUACUCCUUCAAUAAGGACCCAAAUUACCCCACCAUCACAGCCAAGGACCCUGAGAUGACCAAGUUGCUCGGCCAGUACAAUGACUUCAGUGAUAUGGACCUGCUGAGGCUGAAUAGGAUGUACAACUGUUCUGCUCCACUGACUCUGCUGGACCAGUGUGCUUUUGAGUCCAACAGUGUGUGUGGAAUGAUUCAGAAUGCCAAAGACAACGCAGACUGGACCCUCACACGCAGCUCUCCAGCGGAACAUGACCACACUCUGGUGGGACAGUGCAACAAUGCUGGAUUCUUCAUGCACUUUCCCACAAACAUGGGGCUUCCUGAUGACUCAGCAUUUUUAGAGUCCAGGAUCCUGUACCCCAAAAGGAAGCUCCAAUGUCUGCAGUUCUUCUACAAGAUGACUGGAAGCCCGAAGGACAAACUUGUGAUUUGGGCCAAGAAGGAGGACUCCAAGGGGAAGACCCUUUCCACUACAGCAGCUGCCACUUUCAUCGGUGAUGAUGACCACUCCUGGAAAAUUGCACACGUGCCUUUCAACAUGGAUGGCAAAUUCCGCUAUGCCUUCCAGGGUCUCCGCGGAGACCCGUCUAGCUCCCGGGGUGGCAUCGUGAUCGACGACAUCACUUUGGCUGAGACGCGGUGCCCGAGUGGCGUUUGGCGCAUCGCCAACUUCAGCCAGCACAUCGCCAACAUGGCCCCGGGCGAGUAUCUCCAGAGCCCGCGCUUCCACAGCCCAGAGGGCUACGGCUUCGGCAUCCAACUCGUCCCCAACUCGGAGGUGUACUCCGGCUGGAUGGGCGCCUUCCUCCACCUCACCAGCUGGGUGAACGACGGCGUGCUUCAGUGGCCAGCAGGGAACCGACAGGUCACCAUAACGGUACUGGACCAGCACCCCGACGUGACACGCCGCCAAUCCUUCUCCUACAGCUUCACCACACAACGCAUGCAGCUCAUACCUGGUACCAAUCUAAACUUCUGGGGCAAGCCUGAGUUAGUGGGGACGUACGACCCUUCCUGCGAUUGCUACCGCGGCCCGACCUGGGGUUGGAACGGUUUCUUCUCCCAUUAUGAGCUGCAGCGGAGGAGCUACUUGAAAAAUGAUGAUCUCAUUCUCUUCAUCGAGUUUGAAGAUCUCACCCCUCUGGAUAAUCUUGUUCAGCCAAGAGCAGGCACUGUCUGAGAAGAUUGAGAAGAAACUUUCACAGUAAAUAAUCAGUGUUUUAGGCUCUCAUUACCAAAUGUCUUGCACUUUUAGAAGUAAACAUUCAUAAAUAAAUAGGUGUGUAACCAUGCAGUCCCACCCCAACUAAAACUAGCUUCCUGAUGCAAGGGAACACUGCUCCAUUCUGUAGUCACAUGUUAACACCAAGAGAGCUGGCACUUUUAUUACACAUUAGUGGCUCUAUCUCGAACACUUCCCUGGAUUUGUCCUUAACACUCCAUUACUGAUUUUCUCCCAAUCUCAUGAAAUGUAAGUUGAAAUGUAAUCACUGAAUCACCUCAACUUUGUUUGUAUGUUACUUGCCCCCCAUUGAGAAUGAACAGUUGUAUAAACUACUCCCAUUACUCAUUAAAGUGCUAUCUACUGAA